CAUGAAGUGGCUUGGGAUCCUCGGGCUGGUGGCCCUCUCGGAGUGCUUAGUCACAAUCCCUCUGACAAGGGUCAAGUCCAUGCGACAAAACCUCAGGGAGAAAAACAAGCUGAAGGAUUACCUGGAGAGCCAUCCUUACAACGUGGCCUACAGGUCUAAUGACUCCGAUCUGGACACAGGGGUACAGUCUGUGCCCAUGAGGAACUUCUUGGAUGUGAUCUACUUUGGCAACAUCAGCAUUGGAAUGCCCCCGCAGGACUUCAAGGUCGUCUUUGACACGGGCUCGACUGACUUGUGGGUGCCCUCCAUCUACUGCUACAGCCCUGCCUGCGCUUCUCACAAUGUCUUCGACCCUCAUCAGUCCUCCACCUGCCGGAUCUCAAAGCAGGCCAUCCACCUUGAGUAUGGCUCCGGGGACAUGACAGGAUUUCUCGCCUACGACACUGUGCGGAUCGGGGGCCUCACUGUCUUGGGCCAGGCGUUUGGCCUGAGCCUACAGGAGUCCGGCACCUUCAUGAAAUAUGCAGUUUUCGAUGGCAUCCUGGGCCUGGCCUACCCCAGUCUCGGCAUCAGAAGGACCAUCCCUGUCUUUGACAACCUGUGGAUACAGAAUCUCAUUCCUCAGGAGCUCUUUGCCUUCUACUUGAGCAGAAAGGAGAAAGAGGGCAGCGUGGUGAUGUUCGGCGGCGUGAACCACUCCUACUACAGCGGAGACCUCAACUGGGUGCCGGUGACCAGACCCCUCUACUGGGAGAUAUCCAUGGACAACAUCUCCAUGAACGGGGAGGUUAUUGCUUGUGAUGGUGGCUGCCAGGCCAUUAUUGAUACCGGAACCUCGUUGCUGAUUGGCCCAUCUCACGCUGUCCUCGACAUCCAAAAGAUCAUUGGUGCCAACAGGACCCGCAAUGGCGAGUACCAAAUUAGCUGCAAUGCCAGCAACACUCUGCCUGACAUCGUCUUCACCAUCAAUGGCAUCGACUACCCAGUGCCAGCGAGUGCCUACAUCCAGCAGGAUGUUCAGGGCACCUGCUUCAGCAGCUUUGACAAGACCAGAGGCAGCAUGUUCUUCCCAGACUUAUGGAUCCUGGGUGAUGUCUUCCUGAGAUUAUAUUUCACCGUCUUCGAUCGAGCAAAUGACAGGAUCGGCCUGGCUCCUGCAGUGUGAACGCUGGGGCUGCUCCAGGAAGCAACCACGCCCACCCCAAACACGCGCGUGCGCACACACGCACACACACACACCCCUCACAGUCAGGGCACUCCUGCCCAGGGGCUGGCUUGAACUCUGUCUUCUGCUCUGCAAAGCCCUACUCUCAGUGGAGAAUAAAAGACCUCACUUUCCAUGGU